CAUGCACGAAGAAAUGUGAUUUUAAAUCAUCAAGAUCUCUAGAAUAAUCUGCUGGUAGUAAUUCAAGGUCACAAAUGGGGCGAACAAAGAAGUUAAGCAAAAAAGCGAAGUUAUCAAAAGAGAUACAGCAGAAAAAAAAAUCUGGUUCUGAACGUUCUAAAUCUUCAGAAUCAUCUCUUGAUAGCGACUCUCCAACACAAAAGCAACGAUUGAAGAAGUUGAGGGAAAAAAUUAGAGCACGCCAAGGGAAUAAUCGUAGUAACAAUUCAAAAUCAAAUGAUUCGGGACGCAGCAACCGUUACAAUAACUAUAGUUUUCAUGAUUCCUCUCAAGGAAAAAAAUCUGACAAAGCUGAUUCAAAAACCAGUGGUGGAAGUAAUAAUAAUACUCAUCUCUGUGAAUUAUCUGAUCUGGAGAAAAUAUCUUUCCAAAAUUUAAUCUCAUCAACUCCAAUAACUAACAACAAGUUGAACGAAAACUUAGCCGACAAAGGUUUAUCGAAAGAUGGAAUCAUUAAAAAAUAUUUUGUGAGCUUAAGCAAACAAAUAGGACAACUGACAAGUUUAUCAGUUCAGCAUGGUGCGGAUUUAAAUAAUAUUUCCGAAGAAUUAAAAGAUAUAAAGAAAAGGUUGAAGAAAAAGUGUUCAUGUGACGGUGGUUAUGACGGAUCCAGUGGGGAGAGAAGCGACAAUGAUGAUAACGAGGAAGACGAGGAAACCAAAAGUGCAGGAGAAGAAAUAAAAAAAUUCGACUAUCCGAUAAAUGAGAAAGAAACGUUUGAAGAAUUUAAUAAACAACUUCACGAUAAACCCCAUGAACGUAAAAUUGUAAUCAAACGCAUUCACCAAUUAGUUAAUGCAAAAGAAACCUUAAACAAUAAUAUGAAAAUGGUUAUAAGAGCUUACAUUACACGAAGUGUCGUUAUUUCAUACGUUCCGUCUGCUGUUAAAAUAAAUCAAACGAAGCCGAUAUUUAAAAAUACUGUUUUUUACAAAUGCAUUGAAGAGGUGAUGCGACUAAAGUUAAAAGAUAAUUCGGGGAAUGUUUUAACUGACUCCGACAUGUUAAAAGCGAUGGCUUAUGUACUUCGCAAUGCGCGAGACUGGGACGGCCACCGCUUAUUAAGGACACAAAAGGUUGAUUCACCUGCUCCUAAAAAUUAA